AUGUCUACUAUUCUCAGUGAAUUCAAUCCUUCUUUCAAGACGCAUCAAUCCAAGCCAAAUGAACCCAAAAGUACCAUGUUUACAUGCCUUUCAUGUCAGGUAGCUUUCCCCAACUCUGAAAAGCAAAGAAAUCAUUAUCGUACCGACUGGCACAAGUACAAUCUGAAGCGUAAGAUUGCUAAUUUGUCCUCUGUUAAUGCUGAGCAAUUUGCACAAAAGGUGCUUGCCCAGCAGCAGCAAGGUAGGGAGGAACAGGAAAAACAAGGGCUGAUUUAUGAAUGCCCUCUUUGCAAGAAAUCCUACUACUCUGAAAAUGGCUACAACAAUCACAUUCAAUCGAAAAAGCACCUGGAAUUAGAACAAAAAGCUGACGAGGAAGCGGAAAGAGACGAUCUAGAGGAUACUGUAAUGAUGGAUGAUACCACUUCACCUACUAGACAAGCAAAACCGACUGAUCCUCUUACUGACUGUUUGUUCUGUAACCAAAGCAACCAAGACAUCAACACCAACCUCCAACACAUGUCCAAGGCUCAUGGCUUCUUUUUACCCGAUAUCGAAUAUCUUAAGGAUAGCCAAGGACUGAUCAAGUAUUUGUCCAACAAGAUCCAGCUGGAAAAGUUAUGCUUAUAUUGUAAUGGUCGUGGAAAGGAAUGGCAAUCUGCAGCAGCAGCUCGUGCUCACAUGUUGGAUCGAGGACAUUGUAAAAUGGCAUACGAUGAAAGUGAGGAUCCAGAGCAAUUACUUAAAUUCUACGAUUUUGGCAUAGAGGAUGAGGCAGAGCCUAUGGAUGUGGAUGAGGAUAAAGUCAAUUCAGACGAACUCGUGCUGGAGAAUGGAAUGAAGCUGGGUCAUCGUAAAUUUCUCAAAUAUUACAAGAGAAACCAAGCUAGAAAGACACUUGUUUCUGAAGCCGAUGAAGCACAGCAGCAACAACAAGACCAACCAGAGACACUUCGUAGAAAGGAAAAACGCCAUCUGGCUAUCACAGAUGGAAAGGAACAAGAGAUCCAGAGAACUGCAGAGGGAAUCAAGGAGACAGCCAAGAAGCAAGAUUUUGCUAGACAACUUGCUUUCAAACAAAACAACAACCAAUUACUUCGUGCUCGUAUCCAGAAUCCCAUUUAG